AAAGUACUUUGCCCACUACCUCCUGCUCUUUCAUACUUUCAAUUUUCUUUGUUCAUGCAAGAUCCAAAGAACGAUUCACACACAAGGAAGCCCUGGUAUCAAAGAGCAAUGGAGGUGGCUAGUAUAUGGAAAAGCAUGUCCAAGUCCACAGAAAUUCCCACUACUAAUUCCACAAUAUGGAAGACAAUGCCAAAGUCCCCUCAAGGCCCUACUCCAAGUCCCAACAAGAACAAGCUAAGAAAAUGUGCCUCUCUUAAGGUUGCCACUUCCUUUACAAGGGUAUGUCUCUGUGCACCUAUCUAUUCCUACAAUGAGAUUUUGAGAGCUGAGGUGCCACCUAGAAGAAGUAAUAGUUACCCAAGAUCAAGACCAUUGCAAACUACACAAGAAAGAACUCCUAGUGCUAGACUUAGCACUGAGGGAAGAAGAGUAUUCAGGGGUAAAUCAUUGACUGAUGAUGUUCUAAUGAGGAGGUUUGUCAUUGAGGAAGAGGCAAUGAUGCAGAUUAGAAGAAGAAAUCAAAUGGAAGUUAUUAGGAGGAGGAGUAUGAUGAGGAGAAAGAAGCUUGGGCCUAGUCCUCUUAGUAAAAUGGGUAUGGCAGAUGAAAUUGGACAAUUUAAUUGA